AUGUCUGCCCCAGCCUACCAACACCGCGAACCCUCGCCGACCGAGGAUGAGAAGCGACCCGAGACUGAUGUCGCUGUCAAUGACGUCUACGAUGACCAGCUCCACUCGGAUGCCGAGUCCAGGAUCAACAUCAAGAAGCUCAUCCGCAAGGUCGACUAUCGGUUGCUUCCAGGCCUAGGUCUCUUGUACCUCUUCUCAUACUUGGACCGUACCGCUCUCGCCAAUGCCAGCAUCUUUGGUUUCCAGCGAGACCUCGGUAUCGGCCAGACCGAGUACAACUUGAUCUCCACCAUCUUCUUUGUUCCAUACGGUCUGUUCGAAGUACCCUCGCAGAUCUGUCUGAUGUACAUCGCCCCUCACACCUGGAUAUCGGUCAUGGGCUUUGCAUGGGGUGUCACCAUGACCCUCUCGGGCUUGGUACAGAACUUUGGAGGUGCCAUGGCCGCGCGAUUCUUCCUUGGAGUGACUGAAGCUGGCUUCUUCCCUGCUGCUCUCGCUAUCUGUGGUGACUGGUAUCACCCCCUCAACCUCCAAGUCCGCAUCGCCUUCUUCUACACCAUGGGUCAGUUCUCCGGCGCAUUCGGCGGUCUCCUCGCAUACGCCAUCAAUUACAUGAACGGCGCCGGUGGUUUAUCCUCUUGGAGAUGGCUCUUCAUCAUCGAAGGCAUGUGUACCGUCGUCCUCGCCGUCGGUCUAUACUUUGUCCUCCCGAACCGAGUGGACGACUGCAAGUGGCUCAACGCCGAGGAGAAGACGGCCAUCUGGGAUCGCAAGUCGGCCGGGACGGCGGCGGACCCCCUCGCGCGCAAGUUCGAGUGGCACUAUAUUUCAGAAUGCCUCAAGGACUACAAGGUCCUCAUCCCUACGUGGCUUGCUAUGGUAUCGAACAUCGUGGGAUUCGGAUUCGCCUUCCAAUUCCCCCAAAUCCUCACCCAGAUGGGCUUCGCCGCCGAGCGUGCUCAGCUCCUCACCGUCCCUGUCCACGUCAUCGGCUGCAUCCUCACCUUUGCCACCGGAUGGUUCAGCGACCGUAUCGGCAAGCGCUACCCCGGUCUUCUCUUUGGCCAGGGCAUGGUCCUUAUCGGUCUCAUCCUCGUAUUCGCCUUCCCCAUCGAGCCCCGCUUCAUCGGUCCCCGCUACCUCGGCUGUAUCUUCAUCUCGGCCGGCGGCAAGCUGUGUUACCCCGGUAACUUGACUUGGGUCAGUAACAACGCCGAAUCGAACGGGAAGCGCCAUAUCGCCAUCGCGAUCACGUGUACUAUGGGGAGCAUAUCUACGAUCGUGGGAACCAAUGUCUAUCUAGGCGCGGAGGCUCCUAAAUAUACCACAGGUCUCAGCUUGAGCAUUGCACUGAUCAGCUCGGCAAUCAUUGCGACGCUCGUUCUUCGCUCUCUCCUCAUCAGGGCCAACCGGAAGCUGGAUGAGGUGCAGGGCGGGCGGAUCGAGGGGGCCUUCCGCUACAUCUUGUAG